CAGAUAGAUACACAUACACUUAUCAGAAAGCCUCAUAAGAAACCCCAACUUGAGAGUACCCAGAAAAUCAUCGUUUCUCUGUUGUCUGUGUAGUGUUUUUUCCCAGUUUAAGGUAGUAAUGGCGAAGAAAGAGAUGGAGGUUGUGAAGGGUGUGGACUUGAAAAGGUACAUGGGUCGAUGGUACGAGAUUGCUUCAUUCCCUUCGUUUUUUCAGCCAAAGAAUGGUGUGAACACGAGAGCCACGUAUACCCUUAACGAAGAUGGGACUGUGCAUGUGCUGAACGAGACUUUCAGUAAUGGAAAGAGAGACUCCAUUGAAGGUACUGCUUACAAGGCUGACCCAAAUUCCGAUGAAGCCAAGUUAAAGGUCAAAUUUUAUCUUCCACCAUUUUUGCCCAUAAUCCCUGUGGUUGGGAACUACUGGGUCCUCUACCUUGACCAAGAUUAUCAGGUUGCUCUCAUCGGCGAACCGACCAGGAAAUACCUUUGGAUUUUAUGCAGGCAAACCCAUUUGGAUGAAGAGAUCUACAACGAGCUUGUUGAGAGAGCGAAAGAGGAAGGAUAUGAUGUGAGCAAACUCCACAAGACUCCACAGAGUGAUCCUCCACCAGAGUCAGAAGUAGUACCUCCAGACACCAAAGGCAUUUGGUGGAUCAAAUCCCUUUUUGGAAAAUAGACUUAUAUAUAUAUAUAUAUAUAUAUAUAUGUUUUAUGUGUGUGCAUGCAUGUAACUUAUUACUGUUAAAAUGUGUAUCAGUUUCCUGUGAUGUGAAGAAUGAUUAAGAAUGUUGUGUUAGAUGGAAUCCCUGUAAAGCAUGGAUGUCUGUGUUUUGGUUCUUCUGUGAUCUGUACAUAAAACCUUAAGAAGGAACAAUAAGACUUAGAGAAGGAGAUAAAUACAUUGUAUAGUGAAUAAAAAUAAAUUCUCUAAUCUUUUUCAUGAAUAAAAAAGCGUUAUAUAGUGAUUAAA